AUGAGCCGAUGCAGUUUGUGUAUUGAACCUCAUUCCCUUAUAAAAGGAAAUGUUCUGUCCCUACUAAAGUUAACUCCCUGGAACUGGAAGCACCUGAACACCUCAGUCAAAGUGGACACCCCAGUCUCCGUGGACAUUUCUGUCUUGUCUCACUACAGGCUCACGGGGAAACAUUUCAAUAAGUAUCAAAACAUACAAAGGUCAAGGGAUUGUUCAGCUAUUCUAAAAUCUACUCCACAUACAAAAGGAAGAAAUGGUGUUUAUGUCAUCUACCCAGACUUGAAGACAAAGAAAUUGGUCUAUUGCGAUAUGACUACAUAGGGAGGGGGAUGGACAGUUAUUCAACGUAGAAUGGACGGGUCUGUAGAUCUUUAUAGAUCCUGGAAGUCUUAUAAAGAAGGAUUUGGUAAUGCUGAGGGAGAAUACUGGUUAGGAAACGAAGUAAUUCAUUCACUUACCAAAAAAACAAAACAAGAUCUGAGGGUGGAUCUUCAGAAUUUUUCAGGAAAAAAAGCAUUUGCCAAAUACUCAACAUUUUCCCUUGGAAGCGAGUCCCAGAAAUACAAGUUGAAUGUUGAUGGAUACAGCGGCACUGCAGGAGAUAGCUUAAAAUAUAACAAUGGGAGAGGGUUUUCCACUGAAGACCAAGAUAAUGACUCCAAUGGUAGGUCCUGUGCUGCGUCGAUGAGAGGGACGUGGUGGAAUGGAGAUUGUAGUAACUCUGGAAAUGUUCAGUCUCUGCUGAAGUUAACUCCCUGGAACUGGAAGCACCUGAACACCUCAGUCAAAGUGGACACUCCAGUCUCCGUGGACAUUUCUGUCUUGUCUCACUACAGGCUCACGGGGAUACAUUUCAAUAAGUAUCAAAACAUACUAAAGCCAAAGGAUUGUUCAGCUAUUCUCAAAUCUACCCCACAGUCAAAAGGAAGAAAUGGCGUUUAUGUCAUCUACCCAGACUUAAAGACAAAGAAAUUAGCCUACUGCGAUAUGACUACAGGGGGAGGGGGAUGGACAGUCAUUCAACGGAGAAUGGACGGGUCUAUAGAUUUUUAUAGAUCCUGGAAUUCUUAUAAAGAAGGAUUUGGUAAAGUGGAAGGAGAAUACUGGUUAGGAAAUGAAGUAAUUCAUUCACUCACCACAAAAACAAAACAAGAACUAAGGGUGGAUCUUCAGAAUUUUUCAGACAAAAAAGCUUUUGCCAAAUAUUCAACAUUUUCCCUUGGAAGCGAGUCCCAGAAACACAAGUUGACAGUUGACGGAUACAGCGGCAAUGCGGGAGACGGCUUAAAAUAUAACAAUGGUAGAGGAUUUUCCACUAAAGACCAGGAUAAUGACUCCAAUGGUGACUCCUGUGCUGUUUCGUGGAAAGGGGCGUGGUGGUUUAGAGAUUGUAGCUACUCAGACCUAAACGGACCAUAUCACACGUCUGCUGUUAAAUCAUCCGACCUAAAUGGACUAUACCACAAGUCUGCAGUCAAAACAUGGGACAGUGUACUGUGGUAUCACUUUGGCAAUGAGCGUUCCUUGAAGUUUGCAAAAAUGAUGAUAAACCCAAAAUUUAAAAGAAAUGUUCAAUCCCUACUACCUUUAACUACCUGGAACUGGAAGCACCUGAACACCUCAGUCAAAGUGGACACCCCGGUCUCCGUGGACAUUUCUCUUCUGUCCCACUACAGACUCACUGGGAAACAUUUCAACAUACUAAAGUCAAGGGAUUGUUCAGCUAUUCUCAAAUCUACCCCGCAUACAAAGGGAAGAAAUGGCGUGUAUGUCAUCUACCCAGACUUAAAGACAAAGAAACUGGCUUACUGUGAUAUGACUACUGAAGGAGGGGGAUGGACAAGAGUGAGAGAAGAAAAGAAUAUAGCUGUAUAUGUUUUACUUAAUGGACAGUGCCAG